AUGGACCGUAUUAUUCCUUCCGCUCUUCCAUCAUUUCAUCCUUUUAUCCUUUCCCCGCUAGGCUUGCCACUGAAGCGUACGACUAGUAUCCAGAACCGGACUCAGAUAAAGGCUCAAAAGCUAAAUUUCAAUUUGGCUGGUGCGCCGUUGGUGACAGCGGGCAAGACGACUGCGGGCAAGUCGGCGACGGUGGGCAAGACGGUUGCGGUGGCGCCUCGAAAGUCUCGAUUCUUGAGGAAUGUGAGAGAAGACGAGCUGCAGGAGGGGCGUCACUUUUGCAUCAAGUUCUUGGCGACGAGUGACGGUUACAAUUUGCAGGAAAUAUAUGACGCGCUGGUAGAGCAAGGCGUGUGGUGUCAGCGUUGGAAGGACCAGGACGUGGUGCGGUUCCGGUUGACGGAGUCGGACAUGGCGGUGGAAGGUGCUUCGGGACGGAAUAGGUUCGCACGACCGUUGCGUUCAGCGGCGGUGCGGAGUCGGUCUGCUGACAGCUUCAAGUUGAGUUGGCGCACACUCGUUCAUGAGAUCCCUGACAUGGACCUGGACUGGGUGGACUGUUUCGUGUUUAGGGUGGGCACGAUUGUGCUGUUUGGCCUUAAGGCCAACGACACAGAGGGUUCAAAUCUGGGGUCGAACCUGAUGGUGAUCAAUGCGGUGUCAUGGUUCCUGACGCCCUACUCGGUGGGUGGGGCCGUGCGGCCUGACUGGACGAGUGCGGACACGCUGCAUUACGUGACCGACUUGCCGGCGACGCUAAGUCGUACACUACCGCGCGUGCUAAAAGACCGCAUCAUUAUCCGUCGGCAUAACAGUGUGGAUGAGAAGUUGGCCAUCGCGAUCGCCUGUUCCCAGUCGUGUCAGUUGGCCAUCUUCGAGGAGAGCAUGAAGACCACUGUCGCACAUGUGACCUCAGACUUGAUGGGCGGGUACCAGGGCCAAGAGAGUCCGCCACCCGGUGAAACGAUGAAGGCACUCGCCGAUCUGUACUUGAAUAUCAUCGAUGUCAAUAUGGUUCUCAAACUGAUGGAUGUUCCAGAUUAUUUUUGGGAACAUCCCUCGCAGCAAAACACCUGGCUCGCUCUUCACGAGUAUCUGGACGUCACCGAACGCCUAGCGGUCCUCAACUCGCGCUGUGAUAGCAUUAAGGAACUGCUGGCCGACCUCACCCAAGCCACCAACACGCAACGUGAAACCAGACUCACGUGGGUCUGCAUCCUCUGGAUCAUCGCCUACAUCGUCGCCCUGUUGGUCGAGUGUCUGCCCUUCAAAUAG